CAUAACAACCAUUACCUCUUCAAGCAAUUCAUACCAUAAAACCCUCUCUCUCUUCUCAAUUUUUGAACCUUGGAAAUGACUUCAUAUGAUCAAGAAAAACCAAUAGCCACUGGUGUUCCGGUCCAUGCUCCCAUGGUCCCUUGGUCUACUGGUCUUUGCGGUUGUUUUGAUGAUGGCAACAAUUGUUGCUUGACAUGUUGGUGCCCAUGCAUUACGUUUGGUCAGACAUCUGAGAUCAUUGACAGAGGAUCCUCAUCUUGUGGAGCGAAUGGGGCACUUUAUGCGCUAAUAGGAGUUUUCACAGGUUGUUCUUGGAUAUAUUCGUGCAUGUACCGCACCAAAUUCAGACAAUUGUACAAUUUAGAGGGAAGUAGUUGUAAUGAUUGUCUAACUCAUUUUUGCUGCACACCUUGUGCUUUAUGCCAAGAAUAUAGAGAACUCAAGAACAAGGGUUUUGACGUGCCAUUAGGAUGGCAUGGGAACAUGGAAAGGGACACAGGGGUUGUGGCGACUGCUCCACCUUCGGCGUAUGGAAAUAUGAACAGAUAAUGAUAAUCAUGGACUGUAAAAGCACAAAAGUUUAUGUGUAAAAAAUCCGUGAUGAAAAUGGGGUUUUUCUGGUGCCCGCGGUACUAUUGAGGGCAACUGUUUGUUUGUCUUAUAUUUUUUAUUCAGUAUAUAAGUAGGAUUAACGGGAUGUACCUAGCAAGUUUCUAUGUCAGUUUGAAUUUAAGGUAACGUUUGUGGUUGCAAAUGUUUGCUUCUCUGCUACUUUGGAGCUGGAUCAGGCUGGUUUGGCUUUGAGUUGGGUUAUCUAUGGGAUUGUUUAUGUGCUUGUUCCCGUUACGGGGGCGGCAUGGUUUAUUA